AGAAAGAAAUCAAGGAAGUCACCCCUUUUUUUUUCUCUCUCUAUACACUAUUUCUCUCUCAAGAGAAGAGCUUAGGGUACACUUCAGAUCUGUCUUCAAACUUGUUUCCUUUUGACUAUCUUCUCUGCUACUCAAGUUACCAAGUGCUCCUUCGAAGGUUGUUCUGGCGAUGAGGAGAUACAGUCCGCCUUAUUACAGUCCUCCGAGGAGAGGAUAUGGCGGUCGAGGCAGAAGUCCUCCUCCUCCUCGACGUGGCUAUGGUGGUCGUAAGGGAUCUAGUCAUGGAAGUCUCUUGGUUCGAAACAUUCCUCUCGAUUGCAGACCAGAAGAGCUUCGUGUGCCCUUUGAGAGGUUUGGACCUGUGAGGGAUGUCUAUAUCCCAAGAGACUAUUACUCAGGGGAACCUCGUGGGUUUGCCUUUGUGGAGUUUGUUGAUGCAUAUGAUGCUGGGGAGGCUCAAAGAAGCAUGAACAGGAGAAUAUUUGCUGGGAGAGAGAUUACUGUGGUUGUUGCUUCAGAAUCUAGGAAAAGGCCUGAGGAGAUGCGUGUGAAGACUAGGACACGGAGUAGGGAACCUUCAGGCUCAAGAGGUCGUUCUCAUGGACGGUCUCGUUCACGGUCAAUCUCUAGAUCACGCUCUCCACGUCGUCCAUCAGACUCUAGAAGCAGAUACCGCUCAAGGUCUUAUUCACCUGCACCAAGACGAAGAGGGGCGGACUAUUCAGCAUCUCCAAGGAGAAGGCAAGAGGAACGUCCACGAUCACCACCAAGAGGUCCUCCUCGAGGAGAAGAAGAUGGAAAAUACAGUCGCAGGUCCUAUUCCCCUGGCUAUGAAGGUGCUCCUGAUGCAGACCGGGACAGAAACGGAGACAAUGAGAUUAGAGAAAAACCUGGCUAUGAAGGAGAGGAAAGGCGUCGUGGUGGAAGAGCUGUUUCAAGGUCGCCAUCGGGAUCCAGGUCCAGAUCUGUGGAGGUGUCUCCUAGAUGAAACCUAUGUUAAAAAAGCAUGUGUCUCUUUCUCUCUGUCUCAGACCAAAACUGUGUGUGCAACUCUCUAUGGGUUUUUGUCUCUUUAUUUCGCUAGUAGUGGUCUCUAUAUGUCUUGGAAACUCCCUACUCUGGCCUGUUACAGAUUCUUCUUGGGAUGUAAUGUUGUGACUUGAGAUCGUUCUCAGUUUGUGGGUCUGUUUUGAAAAGUUUGUAUGAAGAAGAUUUGGUUAAGCUUUUGAUUCGAGAAACU